CAGACCUCACCAAGAUGCCGUCUCAAAUGGAACACGCCAUGGAAACGAUGAUGUUCACAUUCCACAAGUUUGCUGGGGACAAAGGCUAUUUAACGAAGGAGGACCUGAGGGUACUCAUGGAAAAGGAGUUCCCUGGAUUUUUGGAAAAUCAAAAAGACCCUUUGGCUGUGGACAAAAUAAUGAAGGACCUGGACCAGUGCCAGGACGGCAAAGUGGGUUUCCAGAGCUGCUUCUCACUCAUCGCCAGGCUUACAGCGCAUGCAAUGACUACUUUGUGGUUCACAUGA